AUGAGCUCAGCAUUGUCAUCUUCAACUCUAGGCAUUAUGUCAGGAACAGAGUCUCCAAGAUUAUCAACAUCGCCAUCUUCCACUACAACCAAGCACGACGACGACGAUUCCAUCACACGAAUCUACUAUGCAGCACACAAUGUGGUGCAAGUGGACCCAACCCUCUAUCCGAAAACCAAAGAUUCCUCGGAACAUACCCGAAGCGAGCCCGAUCAUUCUGCAUUCGACACAGCAUAUCAUCUAUACUCCCGAACCUCCCACAUGGGUGUCCUCGAUCCCAAUUACAAAGUUUUCACCAGCAAAGCCGGUCAUGGGUCCUUGCUCUACAAACUGCAAGCCCGAACUAUCAUUAUUGCAGGCGAUCCCCUGUGUUCUGAAGAUCAGCGACAGCCGUUACUGGAAGAGCUCUAUCAAUAUCGCAAGCCCCGCGGCCUGGGCCUUGCGUUCGUCGGUGUCAGUCAGGAGUUCGCCGAAUAUUCUCAGCAGCAUGGCUGGGCGACAUUGCAUUUCGGCUACGAAAGGGUUCUCAAUCCACUCACCAACAAAGUGCUCCAGAAACAGGCAGGCAAGCGUGUACUCAGUCAGAACAGGCAAUUACUUGAUCCAGAACGCGGUGGAGUGUCUGUGCACCUGUACUGUCCCUCCGUUCAAGGAGUGAAUUCUGCACUGGAGAAUCAAUUGCAGGAACUAUACGACGAGUGGCGCAAUGAGAGAAAUCGCAACAACGCGGGUUGUUUCCAAGCCUUCGUGACUGUCUACGAUCUCUUUUCACAUCCUGACUCGACAGUCUUCUUGUACACGUCUGACAGCAAAGGUCAGCCCAAUGGCUUCGCGACCUUGCGAGCACUCGGUGCGCAGACUGGGUUUCACCUUGAUCCCUGCAUUGCAACUCAAAGCGCUCCUCGAGGCAUCACUGAUCUGCUUGUCAUCACUGCGAUGGAACUCCUCAGAAACGCCGAGAUUGGUUACUUGAGUCUCGGAUUUGAGCCACUUGAUGGUCUCGAAGAGAUUCAUGGCAAAUCCAACCUUCAAUCAUGGCUUUGGAAGCGUGGCUAUAGUCAUAUGAUCAAAUCUGUCCCAACAUCAGGCAAAGCCACUUACUUCAACAAAUUCUAUCCUGACGAAAAGCUGGCAUCCAAAUUGUUCAUAUGUCUCCCUGGUCACGGUCUUCCAAUUCUGGAGUCGAUUGGGCUGAUGCAUUUCGCCAACAUGGAUAUCCGGAGGCUGCUUCCUAAGCGCAAUUCAACAAAAGAUUUAAGAAAGACUUGA